CCAUUAGGUAUUUUUAGCUACGCUCUCGUCCAAUUUUCCACCUCCUCAGUUUGUUUUCGCAAGUCGGCGAAAUCAGCGGCAAAUCACCCCUUACAUAUAGCUUAACUAUACUACGUAAACCAUUUGUAUAAAAGACAAACAUGUUUGCCCUGCGCCGCCUCAGUCAGCGAUUGUAUCCGCAGCAGACUCAGCACUUGAAAAUGUCGCAGGUCGGAGAGCUGGGCAGUGGAGCCGGCAAGGGCGGCGGCGGAGGCGGGUCCAUCCGGGAGGCUGGGGGAUCUCUGGGCAAAAUGGAGGCUGCCCGCGAGGAGGAGUUCUUCCACAAGCAGCAAAGGGAGCAGCUGAAGAAUCUGAAAGCCAAGACGGAACCCAAGGCACCAGAGGCUCCUAAGAAGUGAACGACUGAGAACCCUUUAAACUCUAAUAUGAUUUAAACCAUCAUUCGAUUGUACUGUCGGAAAUGUAUUUACCUAAAGUUCUACUCCAAAUAUACUAUGUGCAACAAG